AGGUUGUGGAGCCGAGUGAUGACAAUUGGUGGUUGGUCUACAUGACAUAGUGGAGGUUUCACAUAGAAGAAAAUUCAACAAUAGUAACUGACAUUCACUAAAAUAGCUGUACCACAGCAUCGAGAGAAACUUAGGCAGCAAGCUCAUUCGGUCAAAGCUAUAUAUAUAUCCCCAUUUCCACUCAUUUUCUCCUCCUUUCUCUGUUUCUCUGUUUCUCUGUGUCUUUUAACUUGAAGCGGAGACUCAGUCAUGCCCAUGGCGAUUACAUUCACAAUCAAUAUAUCUUCCCUUUCUGCUAAAACCCUUUGAAGCUUGAACCUCAAAAAACCCCGUGGCCCACACAUUUCUAACCCUCAUUUCUUCUCUUUCCUUUUGUCCUCCUUUGAAUUUUGGUUUGUUUUGCUUCUUCUUGGAAUCAAUCUUGGAAAUGAGCUUCUUGAGGCCCUCCGCUCUGUAUCAGUGCUUCAUUGCGUUCCCUUCGCUGAGGUGGAUGCCAUGCCAGAGCUGGGAGUUUCUGCGAUGGCCGGGGCUGGAUGGGCUCUUGAGACUCUUGGUGGUGGUGCUUCUGUGGACUAUGUUUUCUGAGAUUCGCUUCAUUCCUUCCUCUUCUAUGUACCCGACUCUUCGUGUUGGUGAUCGCGUCAUUGUCGAAAAGGCCUCAUAUUAUAUUCGAAGUCCUGCUAUGCAUGAUAUUGUAACAUUCUCGGAUCCAACACAGCAAACUGGAGACUCGGAACAGAUUGUUUUCAUAAAGAGGAUUGUUGCGAAAGGGGGAGACUUGGUUGAGGUUAGUAAUGGAUGGCUCUAUGUCAAUGGAAUUGCGCAGAAGGAAGAUUUUAUCGCAGAACCACCCACAUAUGUAUCAAAUUUAACAUAUGUGCCUGAAGGCCAUGUAUAUGUGCUAGGUGACAACCGCAACAACAGCUUUGACUCCCAUGUUUGGGGACCCCUUCCCAUCAAGAACAUCAUUGGAAGAUAUGUAACAUGUUGUCAUAGACCUCGCAGUUGAUCGGUUGCUGUUUGAAGAUCGGGUAGAGGUACUUGAAACUUUGCACAGAUGACAUGAGGUGGCUUGCACACAAUCGAAUUUCCGAUUCUGAUCUGCGCUUGCCUUCAAUCAAAACAAUUUGAUGUUGCUCUCUGAAUCUAUUCGUUUGUUCGUAGUACUAGUACAAUGUCUGUAACUUACUGGUAGAUAAUUGACAGAAAUUACUGAACUUCUUGUGA